UGAGUGACAGUGAAGCCAUUGCCAUGCACGUUUUUCUCAUCUGUUUCCGGCCACCUCAUGAGGCUCGACUCGCACGGCACCAGCAACAGCUGCCUACAAUCAACUAAUUGCCGCCAGUGGAAGCUGCAUGUGAGUUGGGAUUGUUUUGGUUGCCGCUGCUGUUUUCUUGCUUGUGUUUGUUUUGUGGCGCAUGCAAAAGCGCUGCGACUUUUCAUGGAUACUUUGCUGCCGCUGUUGGAGCUAGGGUGGAACUUCUUGCCAUGGCUGCUCUGUUUGGGCGUAUUUGUGUGUCCUUUCUGUUGUUGGCCUGCUUGUGUUUUUCGCCUCAAAGUGGUUUCAAAGAAGAUGUAUCAAGUAGCUACCCCAGGGUACUGGAUCCACAAACCUUCACCCAGGAUCAGGACUCUGUUGCUCAAAACCAUGGCGCAGAAGAUGAGCGACACCAGAGUUUAGUUCCCCAAGCCAACAACGAGCCAGAUGAGAGUCCGCCUCAGCCGAGACACCAGCAUCAAGAUUCUGGAUUUCACCAUCCGUUUAACCUUCUAGUACAGGAGCAUACGAAAGACACAGCUGUGGAUGGCAUUACUUUUCCAGACAUCGGCAAUCUCAACCAGUUUAUAGAAACCUUAAAAACCUCCUUUUUGAUUCCCGGUAAGGACGUGUCACAUUUUCAAACAGCGAGGGGGGUGAUGCUGAAUGAAAUAGCUGGAGGACGCUCCUCUAAAGAAGACUAUGAUGAUGAUGAUGACAACAAAGUCUGGAAUGAACGUUUGAAUUCGGUGUAUGAACAAAGUGAAAAGGAUAUGGGCUAUCCUGCCUCGAGUCAAAGUGUCUCCAUGCCCGGUCCCAACACCUCCAUGGGUAGACUCAUUCCCAGUAUGCACAACAGCUCCAAGAACCAUGGAAGAUCUGGUCAAAGUGCUUACCAAACAGGUCCUUCCAAUGUCAAAACUGGAGGUGAUUGGUGGAAAAACAACCAACUUCCUGAAAAAACAACAUUUCCAACUAACUCGUUCCAUGGAGAGAAAGCUCCAUUAAGUCCCCGUGGUACGAAUCCACUCCAUGUCCACCGUGUAGCUAGCGCGAUGGCCAAUGGAAGUUCUAUCAAGAAGCUAAAGAAGUCACAGAUUCAACGCAAAAUGGCACCUUCUCAACAAGGUUCCUACGCUAAAAGUGUCUACAUGAAAGCGCCAAGAAGUCCUAUUGCGUCAUGGAUAUAUAUGUCAGAUGGACGGUCCAAGCAAAGGGUUCAGAACACCACAGCAAAAGACUCUUAUGUAAACAUCAGUACCAGGCCCCAGAAACCUGCAGACCAGUCAGCCCACAGUGCCAGAGGUCUCAGCCAACAUCACCUUCUGCGUGAGCCAGUCAACUCACACAUUGUGUUUUUCAAACCACCUUUAAAAUCUCGUGACAGUCUUCUCCGACACCAUCUGCCUAUGCUCAACAUCCACAAACCACGUCCCUCUGAGCAGAUUCUGGUCAGUCAAAAUCAACAAUCACAAGGACGGCACGAGCAUAUCCCCAAUACCAUUUCUCAAAGGUUAGAUUCAGUCCAGCAUAGAGUUGCAUCCAGGAAUUAUGCCAAGCCCAAUGUGAAUGCAUCCUGGUUGCGCGCCACGCAACCAAAAAUACCACAGACAAACGGGAUCUACCGACUCCUUAGUCCCCAGCGGUCUACGAACACAUUCCACCAAGCGUUUCCUGUUUACAGAGGCCCAAAAGGGCCAAUGUCACAUGGGAUGAAAUUUGGCUUCCAGUCCAGAAGCAGCUAUGUUAGAAGCAACGUAGCUUUCUCCAGGAGCCAGUACACGCCACGCAAACGAGUGUUCACCAGUGUUCACCAGAGGAGCAGUGGAGACAUAAACGCAGCACCAUUGCUUCACACAAGGCACAAGAAGCUGCAGACUAAAGAUGUCACCUGAGGUUCAUGCAGUGAUGGCAAAUACGUCUCUGCUGUCCAUAUGGGUAAGAAGUGAAAACCAAUACUGUAAAAUAUCUGUACAAACAAAACUAUACAUUUUACACUUUUGUGAGCAAAAUCAAAGUGAAGGCAUCAAUUCAUACAAGUUGUGUAAAGAUUUGAACAAUCACCCUUACCUAAAACACGAACUUGUCAAUUUGCUCCUGUAACAAGAGUAGGCAUUCUCGUAUUUGCGGAAAAUAGCCUAAAAAAAUAAAUAAUGCAAAAGUACACAUUAAUCGGAGAAACCACAACAUCCCACCGGACUGGACUUCUGAUUGACGCACAUCACCUUGAGUUCAUCGGAGUCCAUAUAUUCUGUGUCAUCCAGUUCCAGAGAGGCAAGCACUGACCGCUGCGCACAAUCACUAAGAAACUUGUUCCUGAAAGAAGGGGGGGGGGGGG